AUGAACGACCAAACGGUAAAGAGGGAGAUUCUGGAUGGCAACGAUGGGCAGUUGGAGAGCGACGACACGGUAAAGAGGGAGACGUUGGAUGGCAACGAUGGGCAGGGUUGGGAGGAGUUGGAGAGCGAGCACACCUACAAGAGCAAGGACAUGGUAAAGACUGAUGAGAGUGUAAAGAGCGAAACGAGCUCGACGAGUAUGGGUUCAUCAGAGAGCGCGGAUUGGAGAAGGACGUUGGUGGAUGACCACAUACUGCCACACGCAACAAGGCGUCGCAGGUUCAUCAACGUUAUGGCAGAGAGAGUGGAGAAGAGGCGCGCCGCCGGUGACGAUGGCGCAGGAUCCGACAGCAGCAUCGAGUCGGGAGCUCCCAUCUACCCCCACACCGAACCUCUACGCCUACCGGGCUUCGAGCGUUUCCGUUCGUCCGACACGCGGAAGAGGUUCUUGGCUGAAAGGCAGAGAGUACGGGCAAUGUUGGAGAGACCGUUUCCAGACAUCGGCAACGUCAUCUUCGAUGCAGACUCCCGAACCAUGUUGAACGAGCAGCGUCCAGCGAGGCGUCCGAUAUCUCCGCCCAAUCUACACCGCGGUGCACGAGCUAAUGCCACGCACAGCUUGCCAGCAACCUCGAACGUCAAUAGACAGGAUGCGCCGACUCGGUCUCCACAGCAAGACGUGCCGGUCAGCGAGCAGAGAGCAAGCGCGCCCAACAAGCGACGCAGACUACCGUGGAUAAAGGACGAGGAUGCAAAGGGGAGUGGUUGA